AUGGUGACUUCCAGCAGCAUGGAUUAUGAUUAUUACUAUUCUUCUAGCUCUCCCGAAGAGGAUUCCAAGAAUUUUGUAGCCAAAGCUCGAGCCAAGACGGAUAAUGUUAAGGAAAUGAAACACAACAUGCCUCUUAGUGACCGUAAAGUUACUCGUGAUGAACUCUUGAAGAGAAAAGUCGAGGAUGAGACGUUAGCCGAUUAUCGACAAAGGAGGGACCGAUUCCAGCGCAGAAGGGAGAUUGAGCGAUUGGUUGAAGCUAACCUCGAAGCUGAGCAUAAAGAAGAAGAGUAUUGGGAUAUGAUGUACAGCGAUCCUGAUGAGAGACCGGACUUCGUCAAUGGCUCUAACAAUGAUUCUGAAGAAGAAACUGAUGAGGAUUCUUCGAAAGACAAUAAUGAUGACAAAUCUAGUAAUUCUGACAAAUCUGACGAUUCCGAUGAAUCUGAUGCAUCUGAUAAUUAG